GCCUGCGCACACCCUGCCCGGGUCACGUGACGGCGCAGGCCCCGGCCUCCGAGACUCCCAAGCGCAGCGGUGCGCCGGCUGUAAGGGACCGUCUGCAAACAGGCGAGAGGCGCCAACCUUUCCCCUAGGGGGCGGGUUCGCGUCGGAGUAGAGCAGUCGCUCGGAAACGCCCCCUUCUUCCAGAGCCCGGCCGGGGAGCCCGUGUCCUGGGCCUGCAGGGCGCCGCCGUCGCUUCGUGAGACAUGGCCCGCUGUGGGGAGGGUAGUGCGGCCCCCAUGGGACUUCUGGCGUCCCCCGGAGUUUGCAGUAAGGGGUUGCAAAGGAAGGGGCCCUGUGAGCGGCGCCGUCUGCAGGCGAUGGUGUCGGAGCAGCUCAGCCAGGAUCUGCUCAGGCUUCUAAGGGAAGAAAUCCAUACGGAUGUUACUUUCUCUGUAGGUUGUACUUUGUUCAAAGCACACAAAGUGGUCCUUUUAGCAAGGGUUCCUGACUUCUAUUUUCAUACUAUUGGACAGACCUCGAAUAAUUUAACAAAUCAUGAGCCUAUCGCUCUGGAGAACUUCGAAGCUUCAGAAUUUAGAACAUUUUUACAGGUUGUAUACUCAUCAAACAGAAACAUAAAAAACUAUGAAGAGGAAAUUCUUCGGAAAAAGAUAGUGGAGAGUGGGGUACCACAAAAGAAACAUGACUUCAAUUUUGAAAAGUGUACUGACAAUGAUGGAAGGUCAUCUACAGAGUCCUUAGGUAAAAAAUCACCUGAUUGUUCUCUUCUGAAGCAUGAAAUUCCAGAAGAUAUCAGCAAUGGAGAGGACAAUUUAGUUGCCACUGUUAAUUAUAAUUUGGAUCCUGCAUCUGAAUUAGGAGAAGAUUUAUUGAAACUUUACUUGAAACAUCGUUGCCCAGAUAUUGAUAUUUUUGUUGAUGGAAAAAGUUUUAAAGCUCACAGAGCCAUUUUAAGUGCCAGAUCGAGUUAUUUUGCUGCAAUGCUGAGUGGCUGUUGGGCUGAAAGCUCCCAAGAGCACGUUACUCUUCAAGGUAUAAACCAUAUAGAAAUGAGUGUUAUGAUGCAUUUUAUAUAUGGAGGAACCUUGGACUUUCCAGACAAAGCUAAUGUUGGACAGAUACUCAACAUGGCUGAUAUGUAUGGAUUAGAAGGAUUAAAAGAAGUAGCAAUCUAUAUUUUAAGAAGAGAUUACUGUAAUUUCUUUCAGAAGCUUGUUCCCAGAAGGUUGGCACCUGUACUAGAAUGCCUGAUUAUUGCUCAUUCAGCUGGAGUGGAAAGUCUUUUUGCUGACUGCAUGAAGUGGAUUGUAAAGCAUUUUGCAAGGUUUUGGUCUGAGAGAAGUUUUGCAAAUGUACCUCCUGAGAUUCAGAAAAGUUGUCUUAAUAUGUUGAUUCAGUCCUUAAAUGACAAGAAUGCUGCUUUUCUUCUGAUGGAAAGUGACAGGCUGAUCAUCAGUUUACCCAGAGUAAAGUGGACAGAGGCAGCGCUGACUAUGGCGUCUCAGCUGCAAGAAGAAUGUAUUGCAUUUAUUAUAGAAAACUUCUCCAAGAUCAUUCAGAGUGAAAAUUUUGCUCUUCUCUUACAGUCACAAGCAAUGAGCAGCACAGCUGAUCUGUUGGACAAAAUUUUAAAAGCAAUUGAAGAAAACGUUACCACUGAGAAUAGUUGCUCUCUUCUUAUGUCUCUGGACACGUUACUGAACUCUGACAGUACUAAGGAAAUGGUAUUGAAUGGUUUUACGUGCAAGAUCCAGGCUCUGCGUGAUAAGCUGUGGAUCUUCCUGGUUCAGUCUUUCUAUGCUGUUCGUCACACAGAAAGCUGGAAGCUGAUGAGCACAGAUGAUCAACAGAAAAUCCAAGCAGCUGCAUUUGACAAAGGUGAUGAUCGAAGACUUGGCAAAAAGCCUAUAUUCAGUAGCUCUCAGCAAAGGAGACAAGUUUCUGACUCCAGUGUUAUAAAGAACAGAUCUUGGAGAGGAAAUAACAAGAAAGAGUGUUGGAGUUCCCCCUCUACUAAUCAAAAGAUGAAAUCCGAUGGAUUAGGAGCAUCUGGACAUUCAUCAAGUACUAAUAGAAAUACUAUAAAUAAAACUUUGAAGCAUGACGAUUUAAAGGAAAAGGAUGGUACAAAAAUAGCAUCUAAGAUUACAAAAGAGCUGAAAACUGGGGGAAAAAAUGUUUCUGGAAAGCCCAAAGCUAUGAUAAAGCCCAAAACAGAAAGCAGUGAUAAUGCAAAGUCAGCAAACCUGUCACCCAGACAAGUUGUGGAAAGAUCAGCGACAGCAGCAGCAAACGGACAGAAAAGUUCAUUGAAUGGAAAAGCAGUGAGAAAUGAGGACGGGCAAAUUACAGGUGCCAGACCCAAGGUACUCACUGGAAACUUAAAUGUGCAAGCCAAAGCAAAGCCUUUGAAGAAAGGGACAAGGAAAGAUUCUCCAUGCCGUGGUGUCGCAGGACCCUCUAGCAGAUCGACAAAUUCAAGUAUGGAAUUAUUGGUUUCCACUGAAUGUCCAGGUGAACCAAAAGAAAAUGGAUCAAUAGGAGAAGAAAGGUCGUCUGGUCAUAAACUGUCUUUUUGUGAAUCUCCAGGACAGACAGUGAAAAACAGUGUAGAAAGUAUCAAAACUUCCACUGUAGCAGUGAAAUCUCAAUCUGUUUCAAAAGUUGCCAAUGGAACUUCCGUUAAAAAAAGCAUUAACAAACAAGAAACUACUAUAAAUAACAGUGUGCCAAAGAAGGUCACUAGCAAAGGACAUAGUGACCCAGUACCUCAGGCAAUUUUAAAGAAAAGAGGAAAUGACAAUGGAUGUGCUGCAGCUCAGCAGAGGACCAAGAAGGCCCCAUCUAAUCUUGCUAGAACUCAAGGAUCUCAAGGAGAGUCACCAAAGUCAGUAAAAUCUUCAGUCUCUUCAAGGCAGUCUGAAGAAAGUGUGACAAAAUUAGACUACAAUACAACUACAGAUAAACAAACAUCUAAGAGAAAAAAUGUCAAGCAAGGACACACAACUUUGCCUAAGGUUAAUGCAAAAACAGUAGCAAUGCCUAAAAACCUAAAUCAAUCUAAGAAAGGUGAAACUUUGAAUAUUAAAGAUUCAAAACAGAAAAUGCUUUCUGGACAGGUUAUAUUGAAGACUCAGCCUUCUUCUCAAAGACCGUUAAAAAGUGAAACAUCUGUUGUCCAAAAAAAUAUGCUUCAUGAUGUAUGUGACAAUAAGAAAGGCAGUGUUUCUGAACAGAAACCUCACAAACCUCUAAUUAAUCUCACAUCUGAAAUCAGUGGUACAGAAGCAGUCCAAUCAUCAUGCAAACCUGACCCACAAAAGCCAUUAAACAAUCAAGAAAAAGAGAAAUUGGUGUUAGAAUGCCAAAAUAUUUCAAGUCUUGAUAAAUCAAUAAAACAUGAACUGGAAUCAAAACAGAUUUGUUCAGGUAAAAGUGAAACAAAAUUUUCCAAUCACAAACAAACAGAUCAUUGCAGCACAGCAAAAAUACAUUGUCAUUCUGAUGGUAGUGAUAAUGUAGAUCUGAAAUUUUAUAGCACUGCUGCCCUAAAAUCGUUGAUUUCAAAUCCCAAUGAAAACUCCUUGAACUCUAAUGCAGGUUAUGAUUUAGAUUCAACAAAUGCAGCGCAAGUCCAUGCAGUAUCAGAUAGGGAGCAGCAAGUAGGGAGAAAAGAUACAAACAAAAAAUUAAGCAUUAACUAUGUGAAAGAUGUUUUACCUUGUGCUCCUGAAAGGACAAAUGGUACUUUAAAUUCUGUUCGAGAUGACAGAAAAUCUAAAAUUCAUGUAGAGGAACAGACAAUUCCUAGUCAGUUGUCUGAUGACUCUGCUAUGAAUGAAGACAAACAUGCUACAGCAGACUCUGAUAUUUCUUCCAAGUGUUUUUUGGAACAAAUAUCAGGAAAAAAUUCUCCUAAAGAUAUGGAAACAACAGAAACUCCAGAGAGCCAUGAAACUCCAGAGGCUCCAUUCAUGAGUCAGUGGAGUUUGAGUACCAGUGUUCUGCAUCAGAGAGAGAGUCCUGAAUCUGACACUGGCAGUGCUACCACAUCCUCUGAUGAUAUAAAGCCCCGAUCUGAAGACUAUGACGCAGGAGGGUCUCAGGAUGAUGAUGGGUCAAACGACAGAGGGAUUUCUAAAUGUGGCACUAUGCUGUGCCAUGAUUUUCUUGGAAGAAGUAGCAGUGAUACCAGUACUCCUGAAGAAUUAAAAAUAUAUGAUAGUAACUUAAGAAUUGAAGUGAAAAUGAAAAGGCAAAGUAGUAAUGAUCUUUUCCAAGUUAAUUCGACAAGUGAUGAUGAGAUUCCUAGGAAAAGGCCAGAAAUUUGGUCUCGAUCUACAGUAGUCCACCCUAGGGAAAAAGAAAACAUUCUACGAGGCAGUGUCCAGUUCGCUCAGGAGUUAGACCAAGUUUCUUCCUCGGCAGAUGAAACAGAGGAUGAAAGAUCUGAAGCUGAAAAUGUUGCAGAAAAUUUCUCUACAUCUAACUCAGCUCCUCAGCAGUUUCAAGGAAUAAUUAAUUUAGCUUUCGAAGACGCAACAGAAAAUGAAAGUCGCGAGUUUUCUGCAACUAAAAAUUUUAAGAGGUCAGUUUUACUUUCAGUAGAUGAAUGUGAAGAACUAGGGUCUGAUGAAGGGGAAGUCCAUACUCCCUUUCAGCCUUCGACAGAUUCUCUUUCACCUUCUGAUGUUUUUGAUGGCGUUUCUCAGGAGCAUCAUGGAAGGACUUGCUAUUCCAGAUACUCACAAGGAAGGAAAGGUAGUACUUUAGAAUGUAAACAAGAUGAAGGCAAUAGUGUAUGUAAAAAUGAAAGCUCUCUCUUCGGUGUUAGUAGCACUGACUCUUCAAGAAAAGAUAAACAGAGCACUUCAGCCGCAGGAAAAAAAUACACAAUAGGUGCCCUGUCCAAAGAAGGCAGACAGCUUCUUCCACAAGAUAAAAGAGUAAAUCGUGGAAGCAAUGUGGAUAAUGACUUUCAGCAGUGCAGCAAACUCUCAGAUAGAGAUGUAAAAUCUCAAGAAAGACCAUGUCAUUUGGAGCUUCAUCAAAGAGAACCCAAUUCUGACAUACCAAAGAACAGCUCUACAAAAUCUCUGGACUCCUGCCGGAGUCAGCCUCUGCCUCAGGAAGGUCAAGUGAAAGAGAGCCAUUCUACAGCUACCGAAAAAGCUAAUAUUGCUUUAUCGGCAGGAGACAUAGAUGAUUGUGACACACUGGCACAAACCUACAUGUAUGACCAUCGGCCUUCAAAAACCCUCUCUCCAAUAUAUGAGAUGGAUGUAAUAGAAGCAUUUGAGCAGAAAAUGGAUUCAGAAACACACGUUACAGACAGGGAUUUUGAAGAUGAUCAACACUUUGCAAAACAAGAUUGGACACUAUUAAAGCAACUGCUCUCUGAACAGGAUUCAAACUUAAAUAUUACAAAUUCUGUUCCUGAAGACUUAAAUUUAGCACAGUAUCUAAUCAAUCAGACACUACUCUUAGCACGAGACAGCUCAAAACCUCAGGGUAAAGCACAUGUUGACACUUUGAACAGAUGGAGUGAACUGACGUCUCCACUUGAUGAUUCCGCAGCAAGCAUCACCAUGGCUAGUUUUUCCUCUGAAGACUGUUCACCCCAAGGGGAGUGGACAAUUCUGGAACUGGAAACUCAGCACUAAGAGUAUUAACAUUUUGGAAAAUUUUGAACUAUGCCACCCCUUUAUUUUUUGAUGCUUAUAUUAUAUCCAAAUGAUACUUGCAUUAGCCAGAGAUAGACUGUCCUUAAUAUUGAGGGAGUCUUUCCAGUUUAUUGAGGUAAAUAUAGUUUGUUUAUUAAUAAUAAUCACAUGUAGAAAAAGUGUUUUUCUAAAAUUUUUGAGCAUGUUUUCUUAAUUAUUAGAGAAAUUAGAAGACUUGCAAGGAAAUCCUUCCUUGAGUUUUCCUUUCCUAAUUGAUCAUUUGUUCACUUGUUUAUCAUUCAAGAAUUUAAAAUGUGAAUGCAGAAGUAGAUCAGUCCCUUUACUUUUUUGCUCUGCGUAUGGUAACAUAGUAAUUUAACAAUAAAAAACUUACUGUGCUUGUGUCAGUUUAUGUAGAGUUAAUACGUGAGUGACGUUCAAACUCAGGUUCGUGUGGUUGAGGCUGAUAGCUGAAUAUUAGUCAUUUUCCCACCAAUUCAGGGACAGGAAAUUGUGGAGUGAAUGCAUCUCAAUUUUCAGUCACAUUGUUACUAAAACAGAAAAAUGGAAUCCCCUGUAAUUCUCUUUCUGGGGUAUAUUCAGAGAGAGACAUCUGCCCUUGUUCAAAAAAAGUGGGAAAACUGUCCAUCUGUUUUAUCUAUGUAGAUUCCCUUUAUAGUUAGUUAAUUUUAGUUAGUUGAAUUUUGUUAACUCUCCAUUCUCUCUUCCAUAUUAGAGAUAUUUUGUAACUGAACCUGCAAUAAGCCUGUACUAACUUGAAAAUGGGUACAUGAGGCAACUGAGUUUCUGAGUUACAUUGCAUGUGGGUGCACACGUGUCUGUUUGCUUUCUCCAUGUAUCUGUGAGCUCUAGUUCCUUAGUUCCUUGAUCACAUUGUCUUUCAGUCUUUAAUUUUGGUGGCAAGGCAAAGAUAAAAGUCUUUUCUACAAAAUGCCAUUGGGGAGUGAACACUUGGGGACCUACUUGAUAUGGGUGGGUGUUGCCCUUAGGAUGAUGAGAUUUAGUAGAAUUAGCCUCUCCCAAAGCUUUGUAACUAACUCAUAAUUUCUCUAAAGUAUGUCAGAAGUAAGGAAACCUUUUGGUUUAGAAUUCCUUUUCUAAAUUAACAGAGUUUUCAACAAAAGAGCAACAAUAGAAAAAAUCUGUAUAUUGAAUAUCAACAAUCAUGUUAUUCUUAUAAAAUAAUUAUGUUAACGUUAGCUACUAACCUAUUACACCAUAAAUUUGCUAUGCCUUUUUAACUAGAAGCUCUGCAUGGGGCACUCAUUCAUUCAAACAGUCAAGAAACAGGCAUUGGUUCUAGAUACUCAGAAGCAAAGAUAACUAAGGUUUGAUUCCUGCCCCCUCUCCCCCCAAAAGAGAGGUCAGUUUCUAGUGAGGGGAAAAAAACAUAUAAGAAAGAGGUUAAAAUACAGCAUUAUAAAACUUUGUAUUUUAGAGCUGGCUGGGAAUUUAGAGGUUAGUUUAAUCCCUUCAAAUUCUGAAGGAAGACUGCAGCCCAGAGGAAUUAAAAGAUUGCCCAGGUCCUCCAGCUCAUUUGUGGGCUGGAAUCCAAUAUUCCUUAAUUUCAGUUUGAUGUUAUUUCUACCUCACACCACACUGCAUUUGAUUUUUAUCGUAAAACCUGAGAACAAAUAUAUUUAUGGGUAAUUUGUAGUAUAAAGAAUGUGUGUUAGAGUCAGAAACAGCACAGAUUCCCGAGACAUUGUGUUUUCUUUCUCCAAAUGUGAA